AUGAAGGUUAUAAAUGCUCAAGCAUUUGCUAAUUGGAAUGUUUAGAAUGCUAUGCUUCCCAAUGUUUUUAUUGGGUAGAAAUAUGGAAUUUAAUUCAUUUUACAUGUCGAUUAGAGGGUGAGGAUGGUAAAAAUUUUUUUAUUACAAUAUGAAUAAUGUAAUGACUAAAAUAAUGAAAGCACUGAUGGAUGUUUUUAAUUCAAAUUUGAAUGUACUGAUAAUUGUUUAUUGUGUAACUUAGCUUAAGAUUUUGUACAUAUUAUAAGUCUUUUGAACUCAAAAAUUAAAUUUGUUCACCUAUAUGUGGAGAUUGGAAAGUAUUGA